GGAGACUUUGUUAUUCAAGGAAGUAUUAAUGCAGACAGAGGAAGCAAAGGCAUAUAAAGAAAGAAACCAGAAAAUUCCCAACGCGCUUUGGGCCAAUCUGAUCCAGGAACGUCUGUCAAACGUGGACUGCAUCAAACAAGGAUGGAUUUUGGAAGGCUUCCCUGAAAAUCAGGAACAGGCAUGGAUACUGCAAUCAUCUGGCAUUUUUCCUAGGCAUGUUGUUAUGCUCUAUGCCCCAGACACUGUGCUGAUUGAGAGGAGUGGUGGGAAAAGGCUUGAUCCCCUCACACAAGAGGUUUUCCACACAACCUUUGACUGGCCAAGUGACCCCCUGGUGCAGGAGAGGUUGGUGAAACCAGAAGAUGUCUCUGAGCAGGAGGUGUCCAAGAAGCUGCUGGAAUAUCACAGAAACUUCCCAGAGAUUUUCCACAUCUACCAGAAAGUUCUGAAAUCCAUCAAUGCAGACCAGCCCUCCGUGGAUGUUCUCUCACAGGUUGUUGCCUUUGUCCAAACCCGGCACCGCUCUGCUGCCCCUUUCACACCCCGGAUUCUUUUUUUUGGCCCCCCAGGCAGUGGGAAGAGCCUGCAGGCAGAACUAAUAGCUCAGAAAUAUGAUGUUGUCAACAUUUGCUGUGGGCAACUGCUAAAGGAAGCUGUUGCAGACAACACAAAACUUGGAGAACUCGUUAAGCCUUACAUUGACAGUGGAUGCCCAGUGCCAGACAACCUCGUGCUGAAGCUGCUGACAGAACGCCUGAGUGCCCUGGACUGCCUGACCAAUGGCUGGGUGCUCUCUGGCUUCCCCAGGGAUGUCAAGCAGGGAGAGCAGCUGCAGAAAGCACAGAUUAAUCCCAACAGGGUGUUCUUCUUUAAUCUCCCCUACGAGUCCAUCAUGGAGCGCCUGUCCCAGCGGAGAACUGAUCCUGUCACUGGGGAGAGAUACCACACCACAUUCAGACCAGCUCCCACUCCAGAGAUCCAGGCCCGGCUCAGGCAGAACCCCAAAGAUGAGGAAAAAAAUAUUGAGAAACGCCUGGACAUCUAUUUCAGCCAUGUCAAGGCCCUGGAGGAUUUUUACCAAGAUGCCUUUUAUGUCAAUGCUGACCAAGACCCUUAUGUUAUCUUUGAGUUCAUAGAAAGCUGUAUCAUUAAGCCCCUUCCAUGUAAAAACAUUAGAAGUUUAUAAUUUAAAGGCAUGAUUUGUAGAAGAGUUGAUUUUCAAUUUUUCCCUGUAAUAUUUGCAGCCUGGUUGCUGAAGUGGCAGGUUAGCACCAGGGAAGGGGAAGUCAGCCAGGCUGUGCUAAAUCUGAACCUCACCAAGGCUGAGUGAAGUA